CCUUGAGUUGAACACACUCUAUCGAUCACGGGUAACGCACCGCCACAAGCCGCAGCGGCCAGGCUCAAAUCAGUCUAAUCUGCCCGGUAUUGCUGGUGGUCCUCUAGGGUGGACGAAAACUGACACGAGAUCGUCUGACAAUGAUUGAAUCAACCUCCACCCAGAACAUCCGCUAGGGCUCACCCUUCUGGAAGCUUUUACACAAAGGUUAAGUCCAUGACAUGUGGUACAGCUACUUCCAUCCACGCCCUAUAUGGGGCUCUGGUCCCAUAUUCGAAACGAGGGCCUUCCUCCCCUUCUUUCUCUUCUUACUCGUUCUGUUCUCUGUCAACAGAUCGAUUCAUCAAGGCUUGAUUGCUUUUGAGCCAUGUCUGUCGAAGGCAUGAUCCCUGCUGAUGCUCAGGGCCUGGCAAUAGUGGUCUUGCUAUAUACACUUGGCAAUGCUGUGGCUGCCGGACUUGUAGUCCUUAUGCACUUCCGCCACGGUGAUCCUUUCGGAUAUGUCCCUCUGUGUGCAUGCUUUAUGAUUGUCAAUAUCGUUGCUGCCUUCAUCCAACAGAUCCAUUUCUACACCAGCUUCGAGAGCAUUCAGACUGCGAGUUACAAUUACCAGGUCAGCGGUAACUACACCGGAAAGCCUGCUUUUACAGGAACAAACACACCGUUGGACACUACGCUUUACGAGAUUCAACUGUAUUGCUACAAUGUCGAGUCGCUUCUCUUCUUGUCAUGGAUUGCUGGACUUUGGCGUCACGUCUGGCGUUUGAGAAUUGAACUGCUGGAUAAGGGUGGUCAUAUGGUCUCUACAACUGUCAAGGUUGCUGCUAUCAUCGUGCCGGCCGUCCUGAUUGGUAUUGCCAACGCCUCUUCCGUCGACCGUACACCAGGAGUCUCACUCAUCCUUUGUAACAUUCUCUUGGCUGGCAGUGUAGCCAUUGGUCUGAUCCUCCUAGCGCUCGUCUUCUACAAAUACGUCUCCAUCCAGAAGUACCUCAGUGAUUCCUCUUCGCAGAACAACGGCUUCUUCGCUCGCUUCAAAUGGAGAAUCAAGUUCUCUCUGCCCAGCUCUGCCAAAACCAGAAGUCAGAGAAGCAGAAACAUGGGAAGUCAGGCGCAAAGUCAGAUGCAGAGUGGUAUGCACAGUCAAAUGCAAAGUGGCGUCUUCAAUCAAAGCGUCAAUGAUGCAACCAUCGAAGGUGGCUCUCAGCUACCCGCUCGCAAACCAGCAUCUGCACCACGCAAGAACGACUCGAUGUAUGACAAAUGGCUGCUGAUCCGUUUCUGCAUCUGCUUCGUCCUGCUAUGCAUCAUGCAAAUCUACCUCAUCUACUACUCAAUCGCUCGCUACCUCUCUUCAACCGCAAACUCAAAAACCGCAAAACUCGACCUUUCCUCUGGCUCGGCGACAAUCUCCCUCGUCAUGUUUAUCCCUGGCGUGACACUCGGCCUCCUCAUCUUCAUCGUCUUUGGCACAACAGGUCCUUUCCGCCGCGACUACGCGAUCUGGGCACGCUUCCUAGUUUCCGGCUGCGGGCGCCGUAGCACCCGCAACUCUCUCGCUUCAGGAAGUCUCCACCGCUCCGAAAGCGUCGUGCGCCUCACAAACCUAGACCGCAAGACCAGCCAGAGAAGCGGUGGUGAGGAAGCCGGGUUGGGAAAAGGCGGUGAUGGGGAGUAUAGGGUUAGUGUCACGCCUGUGGUGGGGGAAGCGGGGGAAUAUGAUGAUAGACAGUUGGGUAUGGGUAUUAUGAUGACGAGGAGUAUCAAGCAGAGUGAGGGGAGAUAAAACAGACUUUACCCAUUCGCUUCAUGAAUAUAUUUCUUUUGAUUUUUCGUCAUGUCGAAUUUGCAUCUUCGUCAGCAUUUGGUGAAGUGAUGAG